AUGGAUGGCGGCGACGGGGAGGUGGGCUCGACCGGCGGGAGAUUCCCGAUUCUGCAGGCGAACAGGGACCCCGAGUCGAAUUGGGAGGUGGACGUUGCCAAGAGCCUUGAGGAGUACCUGCUCAAGAUCUGCUCAGGGGAGGUCUCCGGCGAGGACGGCCCCACUCUGUCAACUUUGCCGAAGGUACGGUGGUGCGGAGGGCUGGGGUUUCUUGUGGUCAACGUGCGGCACUUCUUUUCAGCGGGUGUGAUAUCUGUAGGGGUCUGGAGAGCUGGGAAUUGGGAGUGUGAGGAUCAACUGGAAAAUGGCUCGGCUCAAGCUAAUCAAAACGACCCUAGCACGAUUCCCAGUGAAGAAGAUGAUAUAUUUAUGGGGUUAGAUGAUGUCCCAGUGGAAACAAGGACAUCUCUGGAUAACAAUGUCAAUCGAGAUGAUUUACAAAGAAAAAUCGUGAGGCCACCAGCAAAUCUACUGGUGUUUGAAGGGGACUAUCUAGAUAGCGAAGCGAGUGAGCUAGACACAUAUUUGUUAGCAACAUGUGAUUUUUAUGGAGAUUUCCUUCUGCUGGAUCCUUGUGAUGCACCAGCUGUUUUUGACUUUCUGCAAGGAAAACAUUCUGGUAAAGAAAAUAGUGUGGCUCAUCAAGGCAGUUCAGCACCUUCUAAAAGCCGAGCCAAUGUUUUCACUUCCCCAAAUUUAAGAUCAGCGGGCACAGAUGAUAUAGAGGAUCCUGUUGGAGAUUAUUCUGAUGAUGAGGAUCCAUGGAAACCUUUGAAUCCACAUGAACCUGGCAACCUAAAGAUUCGGCCUUACAGGAGAGUGAAAGGUUCUCCACGGGGGGUUAUUGGAACUUCGAAAAAGAAAACUCUCACAUUUCUAUUUCCUAUGGCAAAGAUGGAUGGCGCCGUCAUACCUGAACAUGCUAAAUCUUUCAAAGCACAGCAGUCUCAGCAGGAGGAACAUUAUGGUUCCCAAUCACCCCCUCGUUUUGAAAAGUUUUUGAGAUCAUUUGAAUUUGGAGAAGAAAAUCCCAAUGUGUUUGGACAUUUGAAAGAUGACAAUGGAUCAAAUACUGGCAUUAAUUUUGAUGAUGAUGAUCUAGACAUGCCAAAUGACAUAGAUGUUGAUCCUGAUGUUCCAACAUAUCCUGACGAGACUAUUGCUGCAACUCCCAAUGGUACACAGGAUGACAUAGAUACACAUGCAAGCCUCGACGACUUGUGUCGGUCACAUCUAAAUGCUCUCCUUGCCAGCAUCGCUGAGGUUGAAAAGCAGAGUGAGAUGGAUGCUCGAGUUUCAACAUGGAAAGAAAGAAUUGAGGAGGCAUUGGAAGAGCAGGAUAAAAACCCACCUUUUGAUAUCGGUUCAUAUGGGGAGCAAAUCCUUGACACACUUUCAUCAAGAACUGACAAUACAGGAACUGCAUCUUUUAGUGAGAUUGUUAGUGGCAGACCAAAGUAUGAGGUUGCCAGAACAUUCUCUGCCCUUCUCCAGCUGGUGAACGGCAGAAGUGUUGAUCUGGACAAAGGACAAGCCAUGAAUGAGUUGGUGUGUUACACGGCAGAGGAUCCAUUCCAUGUAAGGCUCAUUGGUCCCAACCGGAGGCCAGAAAUGGAGGCACGCUUUGCUCGGAAGAGAGUCAAGUCCCCACUGCAAAAUGCAGGCAAAGGUGGUGAGUCCUCCCUGGCACAGCAUGAGUGCUCCAAGAAGCCGUUGCAUAAAAAUGGCAAGAUUCCAGUCAAGACAGCGAUCAGGCUGACUCCAGAUGGGAAGCGAAGGCGAAGGUCAGCCGCUCACCUAAUGCAGCCGAUCAAUCUGGAAUCCAGCGGAUGA